GGAACCAAUUAGCCAAUAGAUUAAGCUAAUUAAUUGUAAUUAACGGAGGUUAAUUAAUUAUCCAUCCAAAUAAUGCCUAGUGCUUGUGUGACGGGUGGCAAUGGCUUUGUGGCUUCCUGCCUCAUCAAGCAACUGCUGCAGAAAGGCUACUCUGUUAAUGCCACUGUCAGAGAUUUAGGGAAUGAAGCUAAGGUUGGUUGCCUGAAGCAGAUGAGGGAGCUCGGGAGGUUGGCAGUUUUCCGGGCAGAUCUCGAGGAGGAAGGCAGUUUCGACGAGGCGAUCAACGGCUGCGACUAUGUCUUCCUUGUUGCGGCCCCGGUCAACUUGACCUCCGACCAUCCCGAAGAGGAGUUGAUAAAGCCGGCGGUCCGAGGGACCUUGAACGUAUUGAGGUCGUGUGUCAAGGCGAAGGAUAGCGUUAAGCGAGUCAUUUUGACAUCGUCGGCUUCGGCGGUGUCCAUCAACAAGCUUGAAGGAGUCGGAUUGGUUAUGGACGAGGAGGCUUGGUCGGACCUAGAAUUUCUCACCGGCGAGAAACCUCCCACUUGGGGAUAUGCGGUUUCGAAAGUGCUAGUCGAGAAAGAAGCGACAAAGUAUGCGGCCGAGAACGGGUUGAGUCUAGUGACGGUGGUCCCGCCCCCCAUCUUGGGACCCACUACGGGUUCAGAUUUGCCUUACACUAUGCUGUUGGGUCUUUCCCUGUUAACAGGGAACGAGGAUAUGAUUCAUGGGCUCGGGGUGAUGCAGAGUCUAUCUGGCUCGAUCUCAUUUGUCCACGUGGAGGACCUGUGCAGGGCCCACAUCUUCGUAGCGGAGAACGAGCUGGCCGCCGGGCGAUACAUCUGCUGCGCCGCAAACACCAGCGUGCCGGAGCUCGCACGCUUCCUUCGUAUGCGGUACCCGCAGUACCCGGUGCCCACAGACUUUAAUGGGUUGCCUGCGAAGGCCAAGUUGGUGCUAUCAUCGGAGAAGCUCGCGAAAGCGGGUUUUGAGUACAAGUACAAGGAGAUGGAGGAGAUUUAUGCGGACACGGUUGAGUUUGCUGAGGCCAUAGGAUUUCUCGAAUCCAAUGCGAGUGGAUUAACGCAUGGUGAGGAAUGAGGAUAUAUGAUGAAUGAAUAGAUGAUCAUGUGCAGAAAUAAUUAAUGUAAGGGCGAGGCUGUUUUAUAUUCAAUCCGCUUGUUAAGCUUGAUCGAUUGAUUAGUUGUUA